AUGAGGCUGUGAAGACCGAACUGCUCUCUCUCUCUUACUGAACGCUCUUCUGCAAGAACAGGAAGAUUGUGAGGAACAUCAGUCCAGCAGAAAAAACUGAAAAUAUAGAAAAACACUUAAAAUUAAGCAUGCAGUCAGAGCUUGUGUCAUUGGCGACGCUUCAGCCUCCAAAUGCAUCCGUCACUCCAUCAUACCAGGAUCUGUUAAACUCGACAGAGUGGGACCUGGUCUACUCCAUCGUCCCACCCUACAUCUUCACCGUGUGCUUGACGGGAAUUCUGGGAAAUAUUUUCGUGUUGCUAGUGUUCCUGCUCCAGGGAAGCCGCUGGUCCGUGCCUGAGAUCUAUCUCAGUAAUCUAGCACUGGCCGAUCUCCUCCUACUCAUCUGUUUGCCGUUUUGGGCCAUGAACAUCCUGAACCAUUUCAUGGGGUCUUACCGAGAGAUCAUGUGCAAGGUGGUCAACCUCUCUAUAAACGUCAACAUGUACACGAGCAUCUACAUGUUGGUGAUGGUGAACGUGGACCGCUACCUCGCGUUCGCUUUGACCAUGAAGGCCAUGUGGCUUCGUCGGAAAAGCUACGCUAAGUUCAUUUGUGUCGUUCUUUGGCUGUUCGGUGUGGGAAUGGGAUCUCCGACCAUCUGCAUGCGAAAACUGAAAGAUAUUCCAGAUCACCAAGCCGUCGAAUGCCACAUGGAUUAUCCCAACACGACGUGGAGACUCGCUCAUCUUCUGCAGCUGAUCCUGGUGGGCUUCGCUCUGCCGUUCCUGGUCAUCACGUUCUGCUACGUCAAUAUCAUCUGGGCUUUGAAGCAACGGAGACACAUCGGUUAUUGGGAGGACAGAAACGACAAGAAGGCUACGGCUCUGGUGUGCGCCGUCACCUUGCUCUUCUUCAUCUGCUGGGGUCCGUUUCACUUCAUGACUUUGCUAGACUUGCUCUGUGAUCAAAAGGUUUUGGAUAAGAAUGAGUGGUCUCACUUUCUAAACAUUGGAAGCCAGUUUUCUGUGUACUUUGCGUUCUCAAACAGCUGCCUCAAUCCGGCGCUGUAUGUUUGCUCAGGAAAGUAUUUCAAGAGGAAAGUCAGCAGCAUCUGUAAUAAACGAAAACGCUCCUUGGAUGCGACUGCGCUUCAGCGGACUGUUUCAACAAAUACGACAACCGCCAAUUAAAUCAAUCUGUUGUUAUAUGAGAAGUAAUAGUGUAAGAGUUUUACAACACUGCAAAUUGUGUUUCUAGUAUUGUUGCGAUUAUCAGGGUUGGCGCACUUUUUGA